AUGUCGUCACCUAACGAUGCUUCGAUUUCCUCUCGCGAGAAUGGCGGGGCUGGCGCCGAUGAGAAGCCUCGAUUAACGGAAGAGGAGAAGAAACAGAACCAUAUCGCUUCAGAACAAAAGCGCAGACAGGCCAUUCGUGAAGGAUUUGAUCGCCUAACCGAGCUUGUCCCCGGAUUAGAAGGCCAGGGCCGGUCUGAAGGUCUGGUGCUCAAGCGCACCGUUGAAUACAUGCGCCAACAGAUUCAGGAGCGCCGUACCCUAAUAGACCGCAUUGAACUAGCCGGUGGCCACGUUGACGACGACUUCAAAAAGGUGCUAAACGAUCCGAACCACAGCCGGCCAAAGGGCUGA